AUGGAACGGGAGCAAUCCACGUCGCCCAUGCGACGAGCGACGUCUCCGCGACUGUCGCCCGCGUCGCAUUCUCUCGCAACGGUGCUCCUCGCGCUGCCUAUCCUCCUCAUCGUCUCCCUGGCGGUUCUUUCCGCCACGUUCCCCCUUUCGUGGUCGUCCGCCAGAUAUGUCUUCCGCCGGCCCGCCGCGGAACCCGCGCAAGCGGUGGAAAAAGCCGCACAAGUGGGGGGGACAGCGCAGCAGUCGGCGGAACUUCAACUGGGGGAAAGCGCAACAGAUGCUGAUCUUGUAGCGGUGGGGGCAGUAGCGGCGAGCAAUGUAGCGAGCGACGUGGCGAGUAAAGCGGCGGGCAAUACGGCGGCCAAAGCGGCGGAAAAUGCGGCGGGCAAUGCGGCGGGCAGAACGGGGCUUGCGCUUGACGCCCCG